GGCGUACAGCAUGUUGUGAAAAUAUGCAGAGUAGAAAAAUGUGGGUUUCAUGACACUUGGACGCAUGCAUGCAGUAUUGUUGUGUUAAAUCUGCAUAAUAAUUAACAUUUAUUAUUAUUGCAUGCGUUUUCAGUAAUAUGCGAUGAAUGGUUCUUCAGACAAAUGUCAUAACCAAUCAGAUUCAAGAGAGGGGUCAGGUGAUUUGGGAAGCCAAUCAGCUGCUGCUUCAGGGUCAGUAAGCCAAACAGCUACAAAAGAGGCGGAGUCUAAGAUCACAAAGGCAGAACCAAGUGACCUAUCAAUUAGCCAGAAUCCACAAAAUUUAAAUUGGAACUUUGAUGACAGUAUGCAGAAAAAUCCGUUCAGUGACUUCUCAGAAGAACAUUUGACCAAACUGGACGAGGUUCUCCAAUCAGCUAGCGUCCAAGAGUUGUUACAGCAGUCAGGAGGCGGGAUAGACUUGCUCGCUCUGGAACAAUCAGAGGCCCAGUUUACAGCCACGCCUAUCACUGUGAGUGGAGGGGCUGGGGAUGGCGCUAUACCCUCAACAUCAGCUCACGGUAGGGAUAACGAUGACAUCCUACCAAUGAGUAAAAUAUAA